CGGAGGAGAAGCGGCGGAGGGGUGUUUUCUUUAAAGCUACAGGACCCAUUUGCAGCAGCCCCGCUUUGAUAGCGCUGUGUGUGUGUGAGUGAGUGUGUGUGUGCGCGCGUGUGUGUAUGUUUUGUUUUGCUCCGCUCCAGCAUGGGCAGCGCCGGCGGAGCCCCGCGGCCCGGGGUGCCCGCGCUCCCGCUCCCGCUGCCGCCCCGGCCCCGGCUCUGAAGACGGCCAAGCCCCAGCGCGGCGGAGGCAGCGCGGUUCGCUCCGCGCUCUCGCAUGGAGGGAAGAAGCAUGUCCCGUCUGUCUCUAACACGGUCCCCGGUUUCUCCUCUGGCUGCUCAAGGAAUUCCUCUCCCAGCUCAACUCACCAAGUCAAACGCUCCCGUGCACAUCGAUGUAGGAGGACACAUGUACACCAGCAGCCUGGCUACCUUGACAAAGUACCCAGACUCCAGAAUAAGUCGCCUGUUUAAUGGCACAGAGCCUAUUGUCUUGGACAGUUUAAAACAACAUUAUUUCAUUGAUCGAGAUGGUGAAAUUUUCAGAUAUAUAUUAAGCUUCCUAAGGACAUCUAAGCUACUGCUCCCAGAUGACUUUAAGGACUUUAAUCUUUUAUAUGAAGAAGCAAAGUAUUACCAGCUGCAGCCAAUGAUUAAGGAACUUGAGCGAUGGAAACAAGAGAAAGAACAAAGGAAACAUUUCCAGCCUUGUGACUGCUUGGUCGUAAGAGUGACUCCAGAUCUGGGGGAAAGAAUUGCAUUGAGUGGGGAGAAAGCUUUAAUAGAAGAGAUCUUCCCAGAGACCGGGGAUGUCAUGUGCAACUCUGUGAACGCAGGCUGGAACCAGGACCCUACCCACGUCAUCAGGUUCCCGCUGAACGGAUACUGCCGGUUGAAUUCAGUGCAGGUGCUUGAAAGAUUAUUUCAGAAGGGAUUUAACGUGGCAGCCUCAUGUGGUGGUGGGGUGGAUUCCUCUCAGUUCAGUGAAUACGUGCUGUGUCGUGAAGACAGACGACCACAACCUACCCCAACAAUCAGAAUAAAACAGGAGCCCCUGGACUAGACCCUACCUGUACUCCUUUGUAACCGUAGAAGUGUUUAAUAGUCCCUUAUGUGAAACACUAAGGAUUUGCAAAACAGUAUUAGCAAAAAUAUUUUGACUUGAUGUUGCCGAUUAGUGGUAUUCUGAAACUACCUGUCACAUAGCCAGCCAUGAGAUGCAUUUGAAAAACCAGUUGUCCGUUUUUCACAAUGAAAUUCCUGAGCAUGCUCGGCGUACCAGGCCUGCUGGGAAUGUCCUCUGGGCUGAACAGCUGUGGUGGUGAAAAAGGCCAAGCUUCAUAAACCCCUGACCCUUAGAUUGGACUUCUACAGAAAGACCAAUGAAGGCAAUCUGAAUAGAUCAACAGGAGAAACGGUUCUGCCAGCCUUUCCAACGAUCCCCCGAUGCUGUGACGCCUCCAAGAGGAAGAUGGUACACUAAAAACUGCACUGAGGAUCCUCCUGAUGACCACACCUCCUUCAUAUCAGACGUGCUUUACACCUCCAUACAUUACGUUACACUUCCGUGAUUGUACACGCUCAUACUAGCAAAUGGCUUAUUUUUAUACAACAUUUCCAACUGAAAUAUCUGUCUCUCUGUGGACAGAAUC